GACGGAUCUGAUCAUUUCCUGCCUGUAAACGAAAGUGAAAUUAAGUGUCGGGAUUUUAAAGGCAGAGUCGCCAUUUUAUCAAGAAACAUUUUAUCAAGAUUCUGGAAUAAUGUAAAGAUAUUCUGUUUCAAGAGGCCCCAGCAGGAAUCAUCUGGUCUGGAUCAGCAUAGAAAUGGAUGGAUCUGCUUCUGAAAUGUGCCCCCCUGUGGGGUGUAACAGAAAGAGCCCUGAGAGUGUCCUGAUGAAGAGAGCAGACUCCCCUGUACCCAGCUGUGUUUCCAUGAAGAGUGACUGGUCAGUGAAGCAACGAAUCAGAUUCUUUGAGGGAUCUUUUCCUACAGAUCAAAGUGUCCUGAUGAAGAGAGCAGACUCUCCUGUACCCAGCUGUGUUUCCAUGAAGAGUGACUGGUCAAUGGGCCCCCCAGAUAACUUCAGAGAGGGACCUUUUCCUACAGAUCAAAGUGUCCUGAUGAAGAGAGCAGACUCUCCUGUACCCAGCUGUGUUUCCAUGAAGAGUGACUGGUCAAUGGGCCCCCCAGAUAACUUCAGAGAGGGACCUUUUCCUACAGAUCAAAGAGACCAAAUGGAAGAAUGCAGUUCAGAUCUACAUGAUAAAUCUGGUUUAUCAUCCAUAUUGAAGUCACUAGAGGAAAAAGCCAUGAAGUUCCUAAAGGACGAGCUGAAGACGUUUGUGAGGUACCUAGAUCAGAAUUACCCAGAAUGCUCUGAGCCUCAGCUGGAGGAGGACAAUGACCUGGACAGUGAUGGUCAGAUGCAGAAGACCAGUGUUAGAGAGGUAGCUCUGAAGAUCACACUGUACAUCCUGAGGACCAUGAAGCAAGAUGAUCUUGCUGACCUGCUGGACAAGAGACAGCUCAUGCUACAGGAAAUCAAAUGUAAACUUAAGAAGCAAUUUGAGUGUGUAUUUGAAGGGAAAGCUAAGGAAGGACAGCCAACACUUCUCAGUGAGAUUUACACAGAACUCUACAUAACUGAAGGUGGGACUGGAUCAGUCAAUGAUGAACAUGAAGUGAGACAGAUUGAAACAGCAUCCAAGAAAAGGCGAACAGAAGAUACUACAGUCAAGUGCAAUGAUAUAUUUAAACCCUUAUGUGGGUGUGUGACACCUAUCAGAACUGUACUCACUAAAGGGGUGGCAGGUAUCGGGAAAACAGUUUCUGUGCAGAAAUUCAUUCUCGACUGGGCAGAAGGAAAAGCAAACCAGGAUGUUCACUUCAUAUUUGCUCUUCCUUUCCGGGACCUGAAUUUGAUUAAGGAGGAAUACAGUCUGAUUGAACUGCUUCACCACUUUGUCCCAGAACUGAAAUCAUUUCAAUCCACUUACCUGUUUAGGUACAAAGUCUUGUUCAUCUUUGAUGGUCUGGAUGAGUGUCGCCUUCCUCUGGAUUUUCAGAACAAUGAGAGCUGGUUUGAUGUAACAAAGAAAACGUCACUGGAUGUGCUGUUGACUAACCUCAUUAAGGGGAAUCUGCUCCCAUCCGCUCUCCUCUGGAUAACCUCCCGGCCAGCAGCAGCCAAUCAGAUACCUGCUAAGUGUGUCCACCAGGUGACAGAGAUACGAGGGUUCAGUGAUGCCCAGAAGGAGGAGUAUUUUAAGAAGAGAUUUAAUGAUCAGAGCCUGGUCAGCAGGAUUAUCACACAUGUGAAAUCAUCAAGGAGCCUCUUAAUCAUGUGCCACAUACCUGUGUUCUGCUGGAUUUCAGCCACUGUGCUUAAGAGGUUUUUUAGUGAGACUGACAGGGGAGAAAUUCCAAAGACUCUGACUGAAAUGUACACACACUUCCUGAUCUUUCAGACAAGUUUAAAAAAUGACAAGUAUAUGAAAAACCAUGAAACUAAACUUAAGGAAUACAGCAAGGAAUUCCUUUUAAAACUUGGUAAACUUGCUUUUGACAAUAUUGAGAAAGGCAAUCUCAUAUUUUAUGAGCAAGAUCUGACAGAGAAUGACAUUGAUGUCACUGAAGCUUCAGUUUACUCUGGAAUGUGCACAGAAGUCUUUAAAGAGGAGUAUGGGUUGUACCAGGAGAAGGUGUACUGCUUUGUGCAUCUGAGCAUCCAGGAGUAUCUCGCUGCUUUAUAUGUGUUUCUGUCAAACUCAUCAGCUGACCUGCUGAAGACUGCAGUGGAUCAGGCAUUAGAGAGCAAGAAUGGACACUUGGACCUCUACCUCCGCUUCCUCCUGGGCCUCUCAACAGACUCCAGUAAGACUCUGUUACAAAGGCUACUGGGACAGACAGGAAUCAGCUCACAUACCAUUAUGGAAACAGCCCAAUACAUCAAGGAGAAAAUACAGGAGAAUUUAUCUCCAGAAAGGACCAUCAACCUGUUCCACUGUCUGACUGAGCUGGGUGACAAUUCUCUAGUAGAGGAAGUACAAAGAUACCUGAAUUCAGGAAACAUUUCAGCAGAUGACCUCUCACCUGCACAGUACUCAGCUCUGGCCUUUGUGAUGCUGAUGUCAGAUGAGGAGCUGGAUGUGUUUGAUCUGAAGAAAUACAUCAGAUCAGAUGAAGAGCACUGCAGGCUGCUGCCUGUGGUCAAGAACUCCAGGACGGCUCUGCUGAACAGCUGUGAUCUCAUAGAUAAACACUGUGAAGUGCUGUGUUCAGCUCUAAGAUCAAACUCUUCCCCCCUGAGAGAACUGGACCUGAAUGACAAUAACCUGAAGGAUUCAGGAGUGAAGCUGCUCUCUGCUGCGCUGGGGGAUUUACACUGUAAACUGGAGAUACUGAGGCUGUCAGGCUGUAGAGUCACAGAAGAAGGCUGUUCUUCCCUGGCUUCAGCUCUGAAGUUAAACCCCUCACACCUGAGAGAGCUGGAUCUGAGCUACAAUCACCCAGGAGACUCAGGAGUGAAGCUGCUCUCUACUGUACUGGAGGAUCUCAGCUGUAAACUGGAGAAGCUGCAGGUGGACCGGUGUGAACUCAGAGAGAAAUGCUGUGAGUCACUGGCUUCAGCUCUCAGAUCAAACUCCUCACCCCUGAGAGAGCUGGACCUGAGUAACAAUGACCUGCAGGACUCAGGAGUGAAGAUGCUCUCUGCUGGACUGGGGGACUUACACUGUAAACUGGAGAUACUGAGGCUGUCAGGCUGUAGAGUCACAGAAGAAGGCUGUUCUUACCUGGCUUCAGCUCUGAGGUCAAACCCCUCACACCUGAGAGAGCUGGACCUGAGCUACAAUCACCCAGGAGAUUCAGGAGUGAAGCUACUCUCUGCUGUUCUGGAGGAUCUCAGCUGUAAACUGGAGAAGCUGCAGGUGGGCCGGUGUGAACUCACAGAGAAAUGCUGUGAGGCACUGGCUUCAGCUCUCAGAUCAAACUCCUCACCCCUGAGAGAGCUGGACCUGACUGACAAUGACCUGCAGGACUCAGGAGUGAAGCUGCUCUCUGCUGGACUGGGGAACUUACACUGUAAACUGGGGGUAGUGAGGCUGUCAGGCUGUAGAGUCACAGAAGAAGGCUGUUCUUCCCUGGCUUCAGCUCUGAGGUCAAACCCCUCACACCUGAGAGAGCUGGAUCUGAGCUACAAUCACCCAGGAGAUUCAGGAGUGAAGCUGAUCUCUGCUGUACUGGAGGAUCCCAGCUGUAAACUGGAGAAGCAGAAUGUGGAUCACGGUGGAGAGUGCAGGACCAGAGCAGGUUUACAGAAAUACUCCUGCCAGCUGACGCUGGAUCCCAACACAGCGAACAGAUUCCUGUCUCUGUCAGGGGGGAACAGGAAGGUGACAUGGGGGGCAGAGCAGCCAUAUCCUGAUCAUCCAGAGAGAUUUGACAUCUGGAGCCAAGUUCUGUGCAGAGAGAGUCUGACUGGCCGCUGUUACUGGGAGGCUGAGUGGGAUGGAGUUGCAGCCUGGAUAGGAGUGACUUAUAAAGGGAUUUGGAGGAAAGGAGGGAGGGACUGUCUGCUUGGAUACAAUAACAAGUCAUGGAUUCUGUGCUGUAAUACUGACAGUUACUCUGUCUGGCAUAAUAAGAAACAGACUCUCAUACCCAUACAGCCCUCAGGCUCCCGCAGAGUAGGAGUGUAUCUGGACUGGGGGGCUGGUGCUCUGUCCUUCUACAGAGUCUCCUCUGAUGGACUGACCCCCCUGCACAGAUUCACCUCCUCAUUCACUGAGUCCCUCUAUCCAGGGUUUUAUGUUGAUAGAAACUCCUCAGUGUCACUGUGAUGUGUUGCUGGUUCUCCUGGCAAAAAGGUAAAAUCUCUGCUUUUUAACCUUUAUGAUCCUUUUUACUCUGAAAUGUACAGAACUGUGCAAAAGUCUUAGGCAGGCAAAGAAAAUGAUGUUUAGAUUAUCCUCCUGUUGGUGUAAAACUAAAGUAUGAUAUUAUGCCCCAGUACCACUCGCUGGUUAUAUUAAUGCCAGUCCAGAUAAGAACCCGUUAUAUAUUUUUCUUAUUUCCUCUAAUCCUCUUCCAUUAACAUCUCUCUAGCUCAUACAUGUCAUUCUGCCAAUUUAACGUGAUGUCAUACUGAAUACAUUCCCAUCAGUCUCCGCAGCGCUAUAGUACUAGCGGUGUUUCCGCUUUUCUCCUGUCCCCAUGUAAACUCUCACCAACUUCCCCUUUGUAUGUAUCCCUCACUUUCCCCUUCUUUCACUACACCAAUCACCUGCUUUUCUACUCUGUCACACACAAUAUCUUCAGUCGUUACGCAUCUGCACGGCACGACCACGUACAUAUGCAGUCAGCGUCAGCACAACCACUCCGACCUCAUAGCGCACACAGACACAUAGGACACACACACACACACAAGCGCGUACAAGCUCGUUCAAACCUCAUUCAUCCGCAUGUGCAACAUUAGCUGCACACACCGGUCUAUGGGCACACUAAGGUUUGUCUCAUGGAAUGUGCAUGGAGCUGGCUCCAGAGAAAAGAGGUUAAAGAUUUUUGGCCAGCUUAAAAAACUACAGGCAGACGUUGUUUUAUUACAAGAGACUCAUAGACUUGCCAAAGCUACCGAUGAACUUAAAACACCUGAGUUUCCUAAUGUGCUCUCAGCCUGCUAUAACUCUAGGCAAAGAGGGGUAGCAAUUUUAAUUACAUAAAAAUGUCAAUUUCACAGUACUCAACACAAUUAUAGAUCCAGAGGGUAGAUUUAUCAUUAUUAAAUUAUACAUCCUUAACAAAAAGUUAUGUAUUGUUAGUGUAUAUGAUCCAAAUGUUGAUAACCCCUCAUUCUUCCACGUAUUAUUUACCGCACUCUCUGAACACCUAGAUUGUGCACUUGUUCUGGGGGGCGACCUCAACUUUGGACUAGAUAAAGAAAUGGACAGGCUCAGCACAGCUGCUCAGCGCAAUUGGGAAUCCAUAAAUAUAGUUAAACAGUACAUGAGCGACUACGGACUUUGCGAUGCAUGGCGUUCUCUUCACCCCACCCGUAGGGAAUAUACUUUCUUCUCACAUGUCCAUCACUCUUACUCUCGUCUGGAUUAUUUCCUAGUCAGUAGCUCACUGCUGAGUGACAUUUCAGACACAGAGAUACACCCUAUAGCUGUCAGCGAUCAUGCUCCUGUUUCUUUAACCCUAAUAAAUAGGAAGGCCAUUCCACCAAGUAGAAACUGGAGAUUUAAUGCAUCAUUGCUUAAAGAUGGAGACUUUAUUAACUAUUUUAAAAAAGAGUGGGCUUUAUAUUUAGACUAUAAUGACCUGCCUGGAACAUCAGCAUCUGUUCUCUGGGAAGCAGGCAAAGCUGUGAUGAGAGGUAAAAUAAUCUCAUUCUCAUCAUAUAAAAAGAAAAAAGAAAACAAGUGUAUCCAGGAAUUAGAAGAAACCAUCAAAUCCUUAGAAGAAGCCUACGUUUUGUCACGCCCGGCUCGUCCGCUCCUCAUGUGUGCCACGCCCCCUGAUUACCCACGUGUGCUUCCUUGAUCGUCCUCAGCUGUGUCCGAUUAUUUUGAUCAGUCUUGUCCAUUUAAGUCCUGGUCUUGCUUGUAUCCCUUGUCCGUAAUUGUGGUUAUGGUGUGGUCUGUUGGUGAUAGAUGUUCCUUGUUCCUGAAUCCCUGAAUAAACCCCGUAGUUUGCCCUGA